CCAACCAGUCUGUAAAACCGACAAACGGUCACCAACCAACCAGUCAAACAAUUCGAGUUCAAAAGCUAGAAAACCACCGAAAAAUGUUCCAAAUCGCUUGUUACAUUUCGCUGCUGCUGCUGAAGGAUCUGUGCAUUUCCAAUGCCGAGCCCUAUAACAAACAACUGACCAUAUUUGUCGAGGCUGGCCGACAGGAGUGCUUUUAUCACCCAAUUGCCACUACUGAGAACAUUAAAAUCGACUAUCAGGUGAUCCACGGAGGUCUCGGCGAGACGCAUAUCAAUUUUAAUUUGAUGGAUCCCAGUCGCCUCCUUCUGAUCAAUGAAAUAAAGCAGCAAAAGGGAAGACAAAAGCUGGUGGCUCAUGAAACUGGGUCUUAUAAGAUCUGUUUCGAUAAUACCAUUAGCACUUUCAACCAAAAGAUCGUAUCUUUCACCCUGGAAGUGAGUCCUGCGGACCGAAAGGAGCGAGAGCUUCGAGAUCUACGCCGGGAAAUGUUAACCGAUUACCAAUUCGAAAUGGCUUACACCGAUAUAGAUAAUUACAUGGGCAAGAUUCAUGUGAAUCUUAUGAGAUCCCGACAAACUCAGGACUUUAUUCGAGCGAUCGAGGCCAGGGAUCGCAAUGUAGCCGAGUCCACUUUCGCCAUGGUUAACAAUUGGUCCUGGACUCAGUUUUUGUCCAUGAUAUUUGUUGGCAUUCUGCAGGUUUUGAUGGUGAGAAGUAUUUUCCAUACGACCGGGACAUUCUACAAGUUUUGGAAAAACUUUUAAAACUUUUUGGAUAAAAAAAUAUUGUUUGUCAUUUGAUUCUGGAAAAUCAUAAGAAAAUUAAGUGAUCUUUAAAAUGUGACUUCUUGAAAUAUAACAGUGAAGGUUAUAGGCUUGUAAAU